AGGCGUUAAAACUUCGCUUUGCAAGCAGAAUGCACUAGCUGAGAGGAUUAGGAGCCGAAGCGACAGCUGAAAAUUGUGAUCUCCAGUGCACCAAAUGCAACGUUGCACCGCCACACACUUGCCGUUCAUUUGUCGUUGAGCCGAAACCGUCCCUGUUUGGUCGGACACCACACAGACACCUCGUUCUAGUUCGACGCAAGGCGGACCUUUUAAUCAUCGCAAAUUCCCCGAAAACGCGGCAACCUGAUGACUAUGGCAGAAGGCACCGACCCCAUGGGGCAUCAGGCGGGUUCCCAUCAUCACCAUCACCACCAUCAGCACCAUCAGCACCAUGCGACUCAUCAGCACCACCAUCCGCACCACCACCAUCAGCAGCAGCAGCUGCAUCAGCGCCAACCGCCGCAUCCACACUAUGCGCCAUACGCCGCUGCUGCCGCCGCCGCCGCUGCCCACAUGCAGUAUCCGCUGCCGCAGCACCUGCCAUUGGCGCUCAGUAUGCAACAGCAAGCUGCUGCAGCAGCAGCCGCAGCUGCCGUCGCCGCCGAACAGGUGAACAACAACCAACCCUUUGUGGCCAACAACAAUGUGCCGUGGAAGCAACGCAAACGGAAACGUCUGUCCGCCGUGCUGGAUAAGCUGCAUAACCACAACAACCAUAACAGCAGCAGCAACAGAUUCGCCAACAAUGGUAGUGGCAACAAUAAUAAUAACAACAACAACGUUGGCGACCACAGCAAUCACAAUCACAGCCAUGAGGAGCCAUUGGAUGGCGAUGAGGAUGUCGAGAAUGAGGCUAAUUACAAGCACCGCACUAACAACAACAGUAUGGGCAGCAACCACAAUGUGAGCUCGAAGCGUCAGAACUGCGGCGAAGACAGUGGGAAAGUGCCAGUGAGCAAUAAACGUUCCAUUAGUGAAGUGAGCGGCGAUGAAGCCGACCAAGAGCCUGAAUGUGACGCUGUGUCGGAAGACCUGUCGCAUGACAACGACAGUCCCCGCAUCAGCAUGAGUCCACUGCAGCUGGUCUCUUCACGCGAUAGUCCGUCGAGUGCGCCUCACCCCGUUGUGGUCGCGGCGACUUCUACUCCCAGUGAUAACCCGCUGCACGUCGACAUCAAGACUGAGCACAUGCACAAUCCCUAUGAUCGUUACUUUCCCAUACCGUCACCACUCUUUGGCUACUACUUGCACACCAAGUACUUGAAUGAAGUAUUUCGGCGACGGCAGGAUCUCUACACGUCACCCAUGCAGCACACGCCUUCCUCCAUUGCCUCGUCAAUCGCGGAUGAGACUUCGCCCACAAGCUUGCCGAAUGCGGGUGCUAAUCUGGACCAUCCUCCUCCGUUCCCUCCCACGUCGACAGCCACUGCUCAGGUCGCCAACGCUGGUUCCGGUCGUUCGCCGCCGCCAGCCGUCACCGUCGCACUCCCUUCACCGCCACGAAGCGAUUCGUCGGUCACUGCGACUGCAACGGCCAAUACGCGCUGCAGCCCCUCACCAGCUACACAAGCUAACACCUCGGAUCCGGCCAUCAUGCCGCCACCGCAAGAUCGUCCCUUGGAUCUGUCGGUACGCAGCGGUGGCACCACACCCACCUCCGAGCUGGGUGCCAAAAAGUACAAAUCUCCAUCGCCCCUACCGGCGACCACACUGAUGUUGCCACCAGCGCAGCAGCCCGUCUCGGCAACAGUUCGAGCCGCCUCCAUGUCGCCAAGCAACUGCUCACAGAAAUCGUCUAUGGUCAGCAACAGCAAUCACGCUCCUCUUGCCAGCUCCCCAGCACCCGUUUCUCCAUACGCUGCUGCUGCUGCCGCCGCACACGCCGCCGCAGCCGCUGCCGCUGCGAUGAUUAAACUCGAAAUGCCAAUGCAUCCAUUGCAUCCGCAUGCGUCCGCCACCACCGUGGGUGUGCCUGUAAUCAAGGGUGAUGUGGCGUCACCCACCACCAAGGAAUCGGUCGCCUGGCGCUACAACCUCGACGUCUCCCCUGUGGUGGAGGAAAUGCCACCCGGUUCGGAUGUCGCCUACGUCUGUCCUGUGUGUGGGCAAAUGUUCUCGCUGCACGAUCGCCUUGCCAAGCAUAUGGCCUCGCGCCACAAAUCGCGCAAUCCUGCCAACGACAUCACCAAAGCCUACUCAUGCGAGGUGUGUGCGCGCUCCUUCGCUCGCUCGGAUAUGCUCACACGCCACAUGCGUCUGCACACGGGCGUCAAGCCCUACACCUGCAAAGUAUGCGGUCAAGUCUUCUCACGUUCCGAUCACUUGUCCACCCAUCAGCGCACCCAUACCGGCGAGAAGCCAUACAAGUGUCCACAAUGUCCGUAUGCCGCGUGCCGCCGCGACAUGAUUACGCGGCAUAUGCGCACGCACACACGUUACGAGUCGCAACAGCGCGGCGGUGGUGGUUCCAACCACAGUGAAGCGGGUGGACCAUCGAAAUCACCCUUGCCGCUGCUGAGCGAUAUGAAGAUGAAUUUACCGUUGCUGUUGAAAAGUGAAGAGCUGGCGGGUAAAUCGCCAAUGCACGGCGGUAUCGGCGGCGGACUGCCGAUCGUGGUGAAAACAGAGAGCGCCUAGUGGCGGCAUUAUACCUAUAGGGGCUGUAAGGCAUAGGUGCUGUAGAACAAGGCUCUCCUAUGGAGAGCUAUAGAGCAGAGAUUACUAGAAGUGUAUACACAUGAUAUCCGUGAAAAGUGAAGUGAAGUGUAGAAUGUCUACUAACUAUACAGAGUAAGCGUAAAGAGUAGCUAAGUUGGGUUGAUAAAGUAACUGUAAAGUAUGUAGAGGAUGAAAUGGACAUUUUAUUUUUGUGAAAUCUCUUUGUAAAGACUGAGACUAAUUUAAGCGUUGUAAUGAAUUUAGGUGUAUUUUUUUUUUUUUGUAAAGAAGACAUAAGAAAGCUACAAGAAAAUGUUUGAAAUGGUGCAAGCUUGUAUGUAUAGUUUAUUAAGUGUAAAUAGCUGACGCUGAGUGGCGGUGAGAUGCGAGUGAGAUGUGGAAUAGUCUCGUUAAACUCGAAUAAUCGAAUGAAUCGAAUAGGCUUCGCGCGUACGAAGAAAUUGAAUUGAAAGCUUCGCUCGGAGGUGACUCGGCGUGACGCUUAGAGAGCUUACACCAGCGGCAAUGAGAGAGAGAGUUUUCACUUUGUGCGCGUUCGUAUCUUACCAAUAGAAAGCUUUAGAAAGCUUCACCAACGGGAUAUAUUUCGAUGGCGACUGGCUUAGCUUAAACUCUUUCUCAUUCGCUUCCUCUCACUGAGCAUCCGCUCAUUCGUCGGCGUUGUCGGUAUUGAGGCCAAAUUUGAUAUUUUAACUUAUUAACAGUACGAUUACGUACUAAAAUUUUAGUUUUAAGUGAAAUGGUUGUGAACGGCAAUUCAGCAUUGUUUCGUUUUUUCCCAAGCACAAGCAUUUUUCUCUCCUUAUCUCCCUCUCUAUUUCGGUUUUCUUCACAUUCACGAAACGACGAAACAAACAAACAAGCAAGUAAAUUAAGAGCUUAUUGACACAUGUAUGUAAACUUUAAUUUUAAGUUAAAUAAUCAUUUGCUAAUUACAUAGUUGAAAGCGAAUAAUUGGAUUUCAUUAGUUUUACAAUCUAAGUUAACAAAUUCGUAACUUAUAAUCGACACACACAUUUGAAAAGCCCACAAAUUAAUUUUAAGCAUAAUUUCUAUUGGUAAAAAUCCCAACUAAAUGGCAUCGUAGUAGAUAUGCGUUAGUAAUUUAUUCUAAUUUUGUAAGCUGCUUAAAUUUAAGUUACAAAAUAUAUUUAAUUAUUAUUUAUUGCUAGUGGAAAAGGAGUGUAGGCCUAAUACACACAAAAAUGCAAGAAAAAAAAAAUUGUAUUACUACGAAAAAGUGAAGACAAAAAGAGAACGAAGCGACAAAAGACAAAGAAUACGACGCGCUCUUUCCCCUCACAAGCGCUCAAAACGCUGAAGCAGCGCUCUAAGUCCAA